AUGUGGCGCAGGGCCCACGCACCGGCGCGCAAUCCCAACGACCCGUCCCCGCACGAAGGGAAGAUGGGGGAUGAGGGGCGCCGGCACGGCGUCGAGGAAGAGGAGGCCGGAGCUCCACCGCCACCGCCGGGGUUGCUCCUCCUCGCGAGCGGGGUCCUCCUCCUUGGGACGGGAAGCGGAGACCCGCACAGCCGCACCGCCCGCGAGGAAGACGAGAAGGUGGGACGGCGCCCCGCGUGCGAGCUCCAGGGGGCGGCGUCGUCGAGCUCUGCCCGCGCACCUCACUGGGGGAGGGAGGUGGCAGCUCGCCGGCACGGGGGACACCGAAUCAGGUCGCCGCGCGCGCACCCGCCACCGCGGCCCCGCGCGAGCCCGCCCUGCCUCGCCAUGGUCGCGCCGCCACCGCCUCACCAUGGCCCCGCGCUCGCCGCCUGGCCCGUGCGCCAUGGCCCCGUGCCCGCCACCGCCAGGCCCGUCGCGGCCUCCGCCCCGCCCAGACCCGCUCGCCCCGCGCCGCUCGGAGCAGGGGAGGGGCCGCACGGAGGGGGCACGAGAGGGGCCGCCGUAGCUCCUUGCCCUCCGGCCCGGCGCGGAGAGGGAGGAGGCGACGCGGCAGCUCCUAGGCCCACUGGUGAGGGAGGAGCGGCGCAAUGGCCACGCCCCCGCUGUGCCUCCGCCGCGUCCCCGACGGAGGGAGGUGCGAGGAGGGAGGAGGGCGGCGGGGCGGGUCGCCGGCGGAAGCAGGGAGGAGGCGCCCUCAUCUGGCCCGGCGCCGCCGCGGCCUGGCCGCCGCUGGCCCGGGCGCCCGGCGCCUCCGCGCGCCGCCACGGCCUGGCUACCGAGAGGCCCGCCGCCGGGGGCGGGUCCCCGGCUCCGCCGUGCCGCCAAGCUUGA